AUGAGUGAGAAGGGUCUGCCCAGGAACCGUUUAAUCCAGGAUGACGCUUUCUCGACCGCUUCCUCUACCACGUCCCUUUCCGUCGACCUUCUUGCUCUCCUUCUACCACGUCCCUCCUACCGCUUCUUUUGGUCCUUCCACCACCGCUCACCCAAAUCGAGUCUCCUCCUCACAAAACCAAAACCAGAAAUCGUAUCCCUUUCUUUCUGUAAUCGAUUAUGGCUCCACGCAUUUUUCUUCCCGGUGCGGUUUCUUCAUGCUCCACCUGCAGCCACAAACUCCAUAGAUGACUUUGAAGCACCAAAGGAGCCAAAGAAAUCCGGAAAGAUUUGA